AUAAUGAGCCUCACUUUUUCUCUCACUGCUCUUCCUUCCUUCCUAAUUUCAUUAAAAAAAAAAAAAACAUAGCAGAGGAAGAGGUGAAGAAAUUCAUCAAUGUAGAUUAUUUCAUAAUAAGAGGGUUUGUUGUAUUACGCCACUAAGCAAUUUCUUUUGUAGAAGUAAACAGUUUUCUUAACUAAUGUACUUACCGCGCUUUUUCAAGUAUUGAUUCUCAAAUAUUUGUUUAUGCUUUUCAUUUAUAUAAAUUUUGCUUAACGUUGGAUUCAAAAGGGAGAGCUUGAGCACCAAUUGACCAAAGGAAGGGAACAUAACAAUUAAUGGAGAGAAGAUGGUUAUUCUAGUCCAAAGUUUUUAUUAAUUUUUAAUAGGACGACCCGUUAAACCACUAAGUGUGGUCCUAAUGACAAAGGGUUGUUUUAAUUUAACAUCUGUGGUAAAUAUUAGGGGAGAAAAGUUGAUCUUCUAUAGACAAUGAAGCAGAAUGUGAAUGAGUGAUAAUCAAUCGUGUUGCAUUGCAUGGGUGUAAGUGCAGCUUCUAUACUGAACCAGCUCCUCCGCAAGCAAAACCUGAAACCACAUCCACACUCACAAACCCAACCCGCCACCAAUGCAGUGAUCAACACGAUCCUCACGUACCUCAAAGCGGGUCGCAUCCGAAAAGCCACUUCCAUUCUCUUCGCCUUCCCCAAGCCCUUCCCUUUCUCUCUCUACGCCCUCUUCUUCCGCCUCUGCUCCUCCCACCGCGCCGUCGUGGAGGCCCGCAAGGUCGAGUCCCACCUGCUCACCUUCUCCCCCAACCCCCCCACCUUCCUCCUCAACCGCGCCAUCGAAGCCUACGCCAAAUGCCACUGCCUCCGCGACGCCCGCGAACUGUUCGACGAAAUGCCCCAACCAGAUGGCGGCUCCUGGAACGCCCUCAUUACCGCUUAUUCCCAAUUGGGUUUCCCCAACGAGACCUUUUCCUUGUUCCUGUGCAUGACUAGGUCUGGUUUUUUCCCUACUGAGGUUACUUUUGCUAGCGUUCUCGCCUCUUGUGCUGCUUCUUCUGAGCUUCUUCUUUCCAAGCAGGUUCAUGGGUUGGUGACAAAGUUUGGCUUUUGUGGCAACGUGAUUCUCGGGAGUUCCCUUGUUGAUGUUUAUGGAAAGUGCGGGGUAAUGGCUGAUGCUCGCAGGAUGUUUCAUGAGAUUCCGCAGCCUAAUGCUGUCACUUGGAAUGUGAUAGUGAGGCGGUAUCUCGAUGCCGGUGAUGCAAAGGAGGCGGUUUUCAUGUUCUCGCGGAUGUUUUCCACCUCGGCGGUUAGGCCGAUGAAUUUUACUUUCUCUAAUGCUCUUGUUGCUUGUUCCAGCGUGUCUGCACUCCGGGAGGGGGUGCAGAUUCAUGGGGUGGUUGUGAAGUUGGGUCUCCGUGAGGAUAAUGUUGUUUCAAGCUCGCUUGUGAACAUGUAUGUCAAGUGUGGUAGGCUGGAGGAUGGUUUUCAGGUUUUUGAUCAGCUUGGGUUUAGAGAUUUGGUGUGUUGGACUUCCAUUGUGUCGGGGUAUGCGAUGAGUGGGAAAACUUUGGAGGCAAGAGAGUUCUUUGAUGAGAUGCCUGAACGGAAUGUGAUCUCGUGGAAUGCAAUGUUGGCGGGAUAUACUCAGUGCUCUGAAUGGUCCAAGGCGUUAGACUUUGUGUAUCUCAUGCUUGAUGUGAUUAAAGAUGUGGAUCAUGUGACUCUUGGUUUGUUGUUAAAUGUUUCGGCGGGCAUUUCAGAUCAUGAAAUGGGGAAACAGGUUCAUGGAUAUAUCUAUAGACAUGGCUUCCACUCAGACCUUAGGCUCAGCAAUGCCCUUCUUGACAUGUAUGGCAAAUGUGGGAACUUGAACAGCACCAGGGUUUGGUUUAACCAGAUGAGUGAUAGGCGUGACAGGGUUUCUUGGAAUGCUUUGUUGGCUAGCUAUGGUCAGCAUCAAUUAAGUGAACAGGCACUAACAAUGUUUUCAAAGAUGCAGUGGGAGACAAAACCAACCCAGUAUACAUUUGUAACCCUUUUGUUAGCAUGUGCAAAUACCUUUACGCUUUGUCUUGGCAAACAAAUUCAUGGAUUCAUCAUUAGACAUGGAUUUCACAUAGAUACUGUAACCAGAACUGCUUUGGUUUACAUGUACUGUAAAUGUCGUUGUCUUGAGUAUGCUAUUGAGGUUCUGAAGAGGGCAGUUUCCAGGGAUGUGAUCAUUUGGAAUACCAUAAUUAUGGGAUGUGUUCACAACCAUAAGGGUAAAGAAGCGCUUGAACUCUUUGUGAUAAUGGAAGCUGAAGGCAUCAAGCCAGACCAUGUGACCUUUAAGGGUAUACUGCUUGCUUGCAUUGAAGAAGGCCUUGUUGAGUUUGGCACUGGAUGCUUUAAGUCUAUGAGCAGUGAAUUCCAUGUCCUGCCCCGGAUGGAGCAUUAUGACUGCAUGAUUGAACUCUACAGUCGGCAUAGAUACAUGGACGAGCUCGAGAAUUUUAUGAGGACAAUGACAAUGGAGCCCACACUUCCCAUGUUGAAAAGAGUUCUUGAUGUCUGUCAGAAAAAUGAGUGCCCAAGAUUGGGAGAAUGGAUUGCAGAAAAAAUUAAUGAAUUCAAAUACUAAGUAAUUUCAACAAGCAGCGAUGGGAGCUGAUAUUUGUUUCAUGACUUUCAUUAUAAAGGCCAUACAUCAGAUGGCAAAUAUAUGCAAUGGAAUAUGACUAUGAUCAAGGUCCUGUCUGUAAUGAUGAUAAUCGGAUCAAUCCCUGGAUUUGCUACUACAGGACUACUACUUUCUGCAGUUGCAGUGAGCAAGACAUUCUUUGAUUUUGCUGAAAGAAAAAUAAUCAUGGUGUCUAUUUUUCAAGGAACUAGUGCCGUAGUGGGCCUUAAGGUUUACAUGGAGUCUAUUUUUCAAGUUUAUAAGCAUACUUUAACAUACAUUUGAGGAAAUCAUACGAUAUUGAAGCAUUGAGGGGAAGUGUCGUAAUUUGGAACUACCUGAUCCUUGUUUGGAGAAUAAAUUGCAGAAGGAAGCUUUUUUUGCAAUUUGGGAUUUGAACUCUGAUGAAACUAUAGCUGGUUUGGAAAUUGCAAGGAUAGACGGUGAUGAAAUAAUGUGGUAGGAAAUGCAAAUGAUAGUGUGUCUUGACAGUGGGCACGCCGAAACAUGAUUGUUACGUCAACCAAAACUACUCAAUUAGGGGAGAGCUACAUCUCAUUAUACAGUUGGAUUCUCAGCAAAAUAUUUAUGUGGAAAGCUGAGAACUAAUGGUUUCAUAGGAUACUUUUGCUUAAUUUGGGGGUGUUUUCAUUUGGUCAAUUUAGUAGUACGUUCAAUGGUUAAUAUAUAUGCCUUGAAAAAUAAAUAUUGUGCUCAACAAAUUCGCUUCUCCGCUCUUCCUUUCCAAGCGGCCAAGGAGCCACCCACUCCCUUGGGAACCAUUUAAUUUUUGUUUUCCUCAUCCACUUGUAAAUUGUAAUAUUUCUACUUUUGAAUUCAUUAUAUUAACGAUUUGCUAAAAGGAAUAUAUGUGAAAUUCUGAAAA